AUGGUCACCCACAGCCAGGCUAAACAGGCUUCCACACCUAACUCCAUUCCUGAGCCCCCUACAAGGAUCCAGUCUGUGUCCCCUGAUACCACAGGCCUGGGAACCCAGCCUGAGGUGGUGGAACCAGACCCCAGACCAAAGUCUAUGGCAGUGGUUGUAGAUCCAGUUCCUGGGACCCAGCCAGAACCAGCCCAAGAAUCAGAACUGGUGGAGCAGUCAGCACCAGAGCCCAUGUUUGCAACCCCAGCAGAGUCAGGGGAGCCAGCACCAAAGGGCGCCACAGAGCCUGCACCUGCAGCAGCAGCUAACCCGGCACAAAAAGCUCAACCGGAGCCUGAAAUACAACCUAGUGCACCAGCGGAGAGCAGUUCACAAUCAACGGAGACAACCCCAUCACCUGCAUCGCUUCCAGUGGGACCAAGCCCAAGUCCACAACCCAGCAAGGAACUAAUGUCUCCAGCAACAAGGGAGCAGUUCCAGGCAGAGCAGGAAGCGGCUGAAAGCCUCAAGGGAGCUUGGACGGCGGCACAGAGCGACCCACCACCUCUCAGCUCUUCCAAUAGGUCCAGGUUUGUUGUAGGAGGAGGACUCUUAUACAAGGAGACCCUUUCUGGUGGGCACAAGGAGGACUGGCAUCCUUAG